AUGGCGCGAUCCGAGAAUAUUUGCCAAUUAAUAAUCAUCUUCGUCGAUGGCGCCGCCGUAUAUCCUAUUCGCGGCAUUGGAGCCAUCGGCUCGCUUUUCUAUAAGCCUCGAGCGUCGACGGUCCUGUCUAUGUGGAUGGAUCAAGGGAAGGGGACCCGUUUACAUCACGUGCUCGAGUACCACCAGGACGGCGCUGCCAUGUAUGAGGUAACAGCAUGUUACGAAGCACGGAGAAAAAUUUCAUGGGCUUACCAAGUAGACCAAAUCCAUGAUGUGGCACUCAAACCACUCCUGCGAUUCGCUGACAGGCGAUUUCUUAAGGAACAGCUGCUGACAACAAACUUCUGCAAAAGGGACACCCAUGACUCUCCUGAGAAGAGUGAUACAAUGAUUAUGACUGUUCCCCCCCAUCCCAAAUCUCGCGUACAGAUGCCCAUUCCCCCUUUUCUGGUGUGUUGGUCUCUGGAUCAAGGUGGCUCCUCGAUCGACUCGGAGCUGGAGAAAGUGUCGCAAGUUGAGGAAUUAGAACUGUGA